GUUUCUUUUUUUUGUUGUUGUUGAAGAUGCCCGCCACCGUUAAGCGCCCGCUCUGGAGCCUGCUGCUUCCCCAGACGUACACGAGCCGUCUGCACGCCUUUUCGUUCCAUGCCCCGACUUUUAUCUUCUUGGCGGCAGUGUGCGCCAUCAUAUCGAAGCAGUCGUAUUACCGCUCUAACCUCGCCGACGAGGAUGUCAAGACGUUCGACAGAAUUGACCGUCGCGCCUACGUUGCGCUCCCCGAUGGGCGUAUGGCGCUGGUGUAUCCCAUAAUCGAUACCCAGACCAGUUUCUCGCGCACCGUCAUCUCCUUCUUAGACGCAGUCAACCCGCUCCCGUAA